GCAUAGUGAUAGACUGAUAGUUAACAACCACCAAAUCUGAUGAUCACGUCUCUCUCUCUCUCUUGUGGAAGCUUAUUAGGUGCUGCUUCUCUUCCUUCUUCAGAAGACUGUCUGGUAAAAAACACACACACUAAAACAACAACCACCCCACACUACUCUCUUGCCCGGCGGAUAUCGGAGCUAUGGUCGGCGACUGGUGGCAAGAUAUCAAUGACUCCACUCAAUGGCAGGACGGAGUUUUCUACACUCUUUGUGCUGCUUACGCUCUUGUUUCCGCCGUCGCUUUGAUUCAAUUGAUAAGGAUUGAAUUGAGAGUGCCAGAGUACGGAUGGACGACGCAGAAGGUUUUUCAUCUCAUGAAUUUUAUCGUUAACGGAGUGCGGGCGGUUGUGUUUGGAUUUCAUAAGCAAGUAUUUAUCAUGCACCCCAAGGCAUUGGUUUUGCUAUUAUUGGAUUUGCCUGGACUUCUCUUCUUCUCUACCUUUACUCUCCUUGUUCUGUUUUGGGCAGAGAUAUAUCAUCAGUUCCAGGCCAGAAGUUUGCCGUCGGAUAAGCUCAGGGUUUUUUAUAUUUCAGUCAAUGCAGCAAUGUAUUUCAUUCAGGUUUGCAUCUGGGUGUACCUUUGGAUAGAUGACAACAGCGUAGUGGAAUUAAUUGGAAAGAUAUUUAUUGCAGUGGUGUCAAUCCUAGCUGCAUUAAGUUUCUUGGUAUAUGGGGGAAGAUUGUUUUUCAUGCUGAAACGCUUCCCUAUUGAAUCUAAAGGGAGAAGAAAGAAGCUUCAUGAGGUUGGAUCAGUUACAGCCAUAUGCUUCACUUGCUUCCUUAUCAGAUGUUUUGUGGUUCUUCUCUCUGCUUUUGAUGCUGAUGCCUCACUUGAUGUACUGGAUCAUCCAGUUUUGAACUUCAUCUAUUAUAUGCUUGUCGAGAUUCUACCUUCUGCUCUAGUGCUCUACAUCCUGCGGAAGUUGCCUCCUAAGAGGAUAUCAGCUCAAUAUCACCCAAUUUGUUAGCCAGCAAUGUUUCUUUAAUCUUAAUGUUCUCUGUUCCCCCAGAGCAGUUGGUCCUGUCUGUUUCAGCUGUAGGUGAUGUUGGAGUUGAGCAUUGAAAAAGAGUCCGGAAAACGUUCCAGAUGUCUAUUCUGGUGUAGCUCAUGACGGCGGAGAUUCGUUUUAAAUGUAUAUUACUCAGAUUACUGCAGCUUGUUGAAAGGGAGAUUUGAAUUCUUAAUGGGUUAAGAGAUGUUGAGGCAUUGGUUGUUUGAUACUUUUCUAUGCAGUUUAUUUUCUUAGAAUCUGCUAAAGGAAAAUUUUGUGUAGUUUGGGGUAGUUGUCAGUCAGUCUGUAGAGAAUUCAAUUUGAAGUUGUAUGCAUGCUUAACAAAUCAAGGAGAUGAUGCGUCCCUUUUUCCCUCAUUUUCCUUUAUGGUACGCCAAUCAUCAGUCAAUUGUACCUUUUGUGGAGGGAUUUAUUUGAGAUUUGGAUUAAUGUUUC